AUGACUUCUCGAGAUCUUGCUCAUAGAGGCUCCCCUAAACCUCAUCCAGAAUCACCAAUCUUCUCUCUAAAACGAUCCUCCGAAGCUGCGCCAUCUACCUCCGGAUGCGCGGGCGUCUUGACUUCAUCUAGUAAGAGGCGAAAACUUAGAUCUCCGCCCAAACAGCGUCGUCGGAGUAAGAAACAGCAUCAUCCUACUACUGUUCAAGACUCUACCUCUAAUUCUGACGAUAAUACCUCUAAUCCCGAGGACUACACCUUCCACCCAGAGCACUUUCCUCGCUUAGAACAAUGGGUCAAAACUGCUUCUACUACCGAAAACGCAUUCGAAGAAGCAGACUCCGAAUCCGUAUCUGGUUCAGCAAAAGACUUUCUCACGAUGCCUUCUAUUAAAGGACUAGGGUCUAUCCGGACUCAAACCUCGAAAACCCACGAAUCCAUCUCCGGCGAUAGUUUAUACCGAUGGAAUAUCCUCAAACCACAGGGUAUUCAUCUAAUGAACUGUCCUAACUGGUGGAGUGAGACGAACGAUAAAUCCCUUAUCCCGCCCUGGGUCCAAACUAUCGUCGAACGUAUCGUCGAUCAAAACAGCCCCGUGCAUGAUCCAACAAACUCGACCACCAACCCUUCUGAAGCCCUAUUGCUGCUUAACUGUUCCAAACUAUAUAAUAGUUUACACAAAGAACAGAUACUUCAAAACGAGGAAAUGGUGAAAACACAGCUUGGGAGGUACCUCGAUCCUUUGUCGGCCGAUCAAGUUGGUUUGGAAACGUGGGAGGCUAGAUGCCAACCGUUCACAAUAACAACAUCGUUAGGGGCCGUAAGGCCUGUGCCUGAUAUUAUCUUCGGAUACCCCAGCUACUCAUUCACAAAUGAUAUAGAUAUGAGGACGGAUGAGUUGAUAGCAACCUAUUGUAACGAGGCUAUGAUUAUGUUCCCUUACCUCAUUGUGGAGUUUAAGCAAAUGGGCGGUAACUUAUGGCAUGCCGCAAACCAAUGUAUGGGCGGUUCAGCGAUAUCUUUAUAUCAAACCGAAAAAAUGGUCGGUUAUGGAGAAGUUAUCUUUAGUGUGGCCAUGACCGAUGAGGUCGCAGAUAUCUACAUCAUGUGGUCAAGCCCAGACCCAAUCGACGAAAGCAAUUUUGGAAGAUUUUAG